UAGAACAGAAGGAGAAGUACAUUGUGUCUCUUCUCUUUCUUAAACUCCGUAUACUACACAGAAACAAAAUUAAAGCAUUAUGUAAAUAUCACGAAAAAAGGACCAUUUUGCUUAUGUAAUCGAUCCAACAAUGUCGAUCCCAAAAUUUUCCCUUCUCUUAUUCUUUUUCUUUGUCACAUCACUUUUUUAUUCACCUUCUCUAGCUGAAAUCAGAUCCUCUGAGGUUCGAUCUGAUGAUCGUCCCAUUAUACCAUUCGAUGAAUUUGGCUUCACUCAUCGUGGUAGAUUGGAACUCAAUGUCUCAAAAAUCUCCCUUGGUGUCCCUAGCAAUCCUUCAAGCCUUGAUCUCUCGAAAGUUGGAUUCUUUCUAUGUACUCGCGAUACGUGGAUGCAUGUUCUUGAACAAAUUGAGGAUGCUGAGAUCACCUGCGCAAUUCAAUCUGAUAUUGUCAAGCUUGUCUACACAUUUGAUAAACUUCAUGACAAUUCCUCUUUUGAUACCCUUUUUGUCGAAACAGAUUCUGAUCAGUAUUCUCUUGUGUUUGCUAAUUGUUGUCCACAAUUAAAAGUUUCAAUGACCGUUCGAUCAGCAAUGUAUAAUCUUGAUGCCAAAUCAGGAAAUAGAGACUAUCUCUCUGCUGGCAAGGCCAUUUUGCCUAGGAUUUAUUUCGUGUUUUCUCUUGUUUAUUUCUGUUUAUGCAUUUUUUGGAUAUUCUUGUUGUUCAAGAAGCGAUUAACCAUUCACGCGAUUCAUUUCUUCAUGUUGGCUGUAAUCAUAUUGAAAGCCUUGAAUUUGCUGUGUGAAGCAGAGGAUAAAUCUUACAUUAAACGAACCGGUAGUGCUCAUGGAUGGGAUGUUCUGUUUUAUAUUUUCAGUUUCUUGAAAGGAAUAAUGUUGUUUACAUUGAUCGUGUUGAUUGGGACGGGCUGGUCAUUUCUCAAACCUUAUUUGCAAGAUAAGGAGAAGAAGGUUUUGAUGAUUGUGAUACCACUACAAGUUAUAGCAAACAUAGCUCAAGUUGUGAUUGAUGAAGAUGGACCUUAUGGAGAUGAAUGGGUGACAUGGAAACAAGUGUUUUUACUCGUUGAUGUGAUUUGUUGUUGCGCGGUUCUUUUCCCUAUUGUUUGGUCAAUCAAGAAUUUACGCGAGGCAGCUAAGUCUGAUGGUAAAGCUGCUGUGAAUUUGAUGAAAUUGACACUCUUUAGACAGUACUACGUCGUGGUUAUAUGUUAUAUUUACUUUACGAGAGUUGUAGUGUAUGCAUUGGAGACGAUUACAUCAUAUAGGUAUCUUUGGACUAGUGUAGUGGCAGGGGAAGUUGCAACUCUGGCUUUUUAUUUGUUUACUGGAUUUAAAUUCAGGCCCGAGGUACAUAACCCGUACUUUAUGAUUGAUGAUGAAGAGGAAGAAGCUGCCUCUGAGGCGUUAAAGUUUGGUGACGAGUUUGAGUUGUGAAAAAAUUAUUAUUGAGAUUACAGGAUCUCAUGAUCAAUUUUGAAAUG